ACCACGGAAGUCUUCCCGUCUCUCUUCUCCUCUCGUUCGCUCGCUCGGCCGCCUUCUUUCCAAGCGGCGACGACAGGGGAGUGGCCGAGUGGCGCGGCCCUUGCCAGUUCUUCGCCGGACGCUUCGCCGGCCGACCAGAUACAGGGAAAAGUGUUUUGUGUGAGACUACCAAAACUUGAAAAUGAACAAGGGCAAGAUUUUUAAGUUAGCUAAGGGAUUCAGAGGAAGGGCAAAAAACUGUAUAAGGAUAGCAAGGGAGAGGGUGGAAAAGGCACUGCAGUAUUCAUACAGGGAUCGGCGCAACAAGAAGAGGGACAUGCGAUCUCUUUGGAUUGAGCGCAUCAAUGCUGGUACACGCCUUCAUGGGGUGAACUACGGCAACUUCAUGCAUGGAUUGAUGAAGGAGAACAUCCAACUUAACAGGAAGGUUCUCUCCGAGCUGUCCAUGCAUGAGCCAUUCAGCUUCAAGGCUCUUGUCGAUGUAUCUCGCAAUGCAUUUCCUGGGAACAGGCCUGUUCCUGCUAAGGAGGGGCUAGCAAGCAUUCUGUAACCGUUUCUUGCCCAAUAAUCUAGCUUGACGGCUACAUCUGCAUCUGAAAGUAACCUUUUGUCUUGUAACGUGGUGAAGAGCUUGUCAUGGUCGCUGCAGGUGUUACUCGCUGUUUUUCUGUUUGAUGACCUGCCGGACAGACAAUCGUAGUACAUGUUUUGUACCUCAUGCCAGUUACUUUUAGUUUUCUGAAAAAAUGUGUUCCGUUUAAUCUUGAAAA